AAGUUUAUCAAUAAUUCUGAGCACGUGGGGUGGGUGGGGAGGGGUCGAGUGAGUACUCUACCACGUGGAAAUUACCGAGGCCUAUUGAGAAUUCCUGGGAAUUCAUGGAGUUUAUUAUUUAUUUUAAAUUUUACGAACGAUUUCCCGGGGGUGCGGGAUGAGGGGAUUUUUUUUUACAGUGACUGGGGGGUUGUAAGUGUGUAAUGGCGCUUGUUAUGCUCCCCUGUGAUCUGCCGUGGUGGCCAGCUGUUGUUAAACAGCUGGACAGAGCGGCGAUUGCGAGAAAUUCCAAGGAUCUGCUCGAUGCCAUGCGGCAAAUUCACGAUAUGUGCAACAUAAGUUUGGAUCCAGAUGAGGACGAACAGGACCCCAAUCUAUUUACCGGCCUAUCAAGGUACAUUGACGAGGAUCUCGGGCCGGGUGAACGUGAACAGCUAUUUACCAAGACAAUACCCCGCAUUGUUGAGAGAGCAAAAGCACUGGGAAAUACAAAACCACCCCAGGGGCUUUACUUCAGUCUCCAGCAACAAGGUGAUAGCGUCGAGUACACGUACGGCUUCACAUCGGCCUUGAUCGCAAACGCCUUCUUCUCGACGUACCCUAAGCGAACGAUAAAAACACAUCCGACGCUUGGAGACUUCAACUUCACUAAUUUCUUCAAACAUUUGCAUCUGAACAGCCAAAAAGCCAAACUCUCGAGUAUUCUCCAGUACUUUGAAUUUCUCGAGAAUGAGUCGGCGCUCGAGGGCCGGAUGCUCGUCUCCAGGCAGGUAAUGACGUCGAAACAAUGGCUCACGAUAGAGGACUGGCUGGAGAGUGGCGUGCCAUUAUGUCCUCUGAGUAUUCGUCACACUGGACGAAUGGAGAGAAUCGACGUCGACACCAAAGUCCUUCACGUGUGCUUCGCAAGCUCAAGAUUCGGGGACGGAGCCCUCGAGGAUGCGGUGAAUCAAGAAAGUGUACAUAUAUCAACGCAUCCGGAGAUGCUCGCUGUGAUACUCUCGGUGGAGGCCUUAGAAGACAACGAAGUCCUGAUUAUUGAGGGUGCUAGGCACAUAUCCCGUAUCAAUGACCCCAAGAAUAGAGCGAUUUUCGAGAGCAUAUCCAAUCCAAAUCCUGUGACGGUGUGCUGUAUGGACCCGGAGGACUACUCAAAACUCCCUCUCUCGCAGUUCGAAGAGGACAAUGUUCUCCGGGAAAUGAACAAGUCUCUAUUAGCUUUUCGUCAAAGACACGCACCUGGCAGUCCCACGGACACCAUUAAAUCCGACUCAGAUGCUGAUGGGUGUCCAGCCACCAGGAGACUCUCCCCCAUCGGCGAGAGCUUCAGCAGUGCCUCCCCCGAAGUAGAGACUGAAGAUAAAAAAAUCGCCAGGACGAAUGGGAAAUUGGGUUCCAACGAGACCUCCAGUCCCGAGAGGAACCCCAACGAGCGGCCAAGACCCAACGGGAGGUCCACCAGGUCUCAGAGCCCCGGAAAACUGGGAAAAAGUACAAGUAGCGCUAGUAAUCGAAGUAGAUUCAUCGUUUUAGGUUCGAGUGGAGAAGUGUUACCGGUCACCAGGAAGUCCCUGGGUCAAAUGUCGGUCUAUGGGAGCUGCAACAGUCAGAGUAGUGAGAGCUUCCACAGUGCUAAGGACACAAUCGAUGAGGAUUUACCCGACGACGAUGAGCACAUAUCGCAAAAAUUGUCGAGACGAUACAGCAAUCAAUUGGAUACUCCAGAGCGAAGGGGUACAUUUGCUCAACGACUGAAGGAGGCGCUGAAUAGGGAGAGCACUGCCACUGGAUCCUCCGAUAAUUCCUCAGAAGGAAGUUACGCAGUUGGAAUUAACAUCACCGGAAGCCACGUUGGAGACCAGGACAUAAAACUCCGGAGAGGUGGAUCCAGGGGUUUUGUCCUCCGCGAUGAGACUGUGGAUGAGGACUUCCUGAAGGAGGCGUUGGAGGCUGAGCAGAAGUGGCUGGGUAGGUUCAAGCAGACCCAGCCUCCAGGACUCCAACGAAAGGACACGAAUAGCAGCAAAUACAGCUUUAGUACAGAAUAUAGUUCUGAGUUUUGCUCAGAAUUAGAAGAAGUCUACGAGCAACUGUCGAAGUGGCUGGACGAUCCAAUCGCGAGUGAUGAGAAUCGAGAGCUGGACGCACGAGACAGGGCAGUAGUACAAUUCGCUGGAUCACUGCUGAGGAGAGCCCUGAGUGAGUCGUUUGCAGGGGUGCCCGUCCAGGAGGGUGAGCCCCAGCCCCUCCUGGGGCCCAACGACGUUCAUCAGAAGCACAAGUUGGCGCUGGCCGUCAGGUCCCUGAGUCUUGAGCUGGCGAGACACAGGAACCGACGUCAACAAUCGGUCACUGAUAACGAUGAUCAGGAUGAGGAGUUUUUGGACGCCAUCGAUCAGGAUUUGAGGCGAAAAAAAUCAUUGUCCGUAACAUUCACGUCGACUGUUCUGCAGACACUCGUCGAGGAGGAAACCACUGUCUACCUUCGAUCAUCAACAUCUGACGAUGAAGACACGUGUUCAACAGUUAAAUUGCAACUUCGCGAGCCCGAAGGAGCCGUCGGAGCACUCGCUGGCAAUGAAAAUUCGAUACCAGGGGAUAAUAGUGUACAGGAUGGGGGACUGCUGCCAGUGGCAAGUGGUAAUUGGGGCUGUGGAUCGAGAUUGAAGGGUGAUCCCCAGUUGAAGUUUGUUAUUCAGUGGUUGGCUGCUUCACUUGCUGGGGUACCCCGGCUCAUUUAUUAUACGUGUGGACAGGCGAGCCUCUCCAAGUUGGACACUGUUAGCAGAGUUCUGACAGAUAGAAGAUGGUCCGUAGGUGAUUUAUCAACAGCAAUGCUGAGAUUCGCUGUGCACACACUGGAGGACAGAGUGAAAGGUAGAAACAGUUUGUUUGAAGAGUUGAUUGGUGUUGACAAACCAAGUCCUUAGCCAGACGCAAUGCUGUCCGUCAUUGUGGACAUCAUUGCCACCAUGAUGGAGGACAGCCUGACUGUUGACUCAGAGACAUCGUCGUCGUCGUCUUACGUAAGAUAGAGAAGUUAUAAAAAAAUAAUAGGACUCGAAAUUGAAGUGGAGAUUGAUAAAACUUAUGAUUAAAUAACAGAUUGAAGAUUUUUUUUAAAUGUGUAAGUUAUAUUGAUGGUACUAGGGACGUUGCGUAUUUUCUGAAGGGCUAUCGUAUUUUGACGCUCAAAAUUGGAAAAGAUAAAAUGCUUGAAAACUUUUAGAUCUAGAGUAUUUUAACAAGUGAAUACAAUUUUAGGCUGAAAUUCGGGAGAAUUCUUAAGUCAAUGUUGAAUAUAUAUUUUUCAUCGGCUAAUUCUGGGGUAAAUAUCAAUGUCUGAUGUCCAAUAUACUCUGAAUAUAUCAAAAAAGACAUGAGGAUGAAGGAAAAAAUUACUGUAGAAUCGAGGGCAUAUCAGCGAAAAAAAUUGCGUAAUUAUCGAGCGUCGAAAAUAGAAUAAUAAAAGAUAAAUCUAAAAAUUAGUAUAAAUCGCAACGAUCUGAUAAAUUGUUUCAGAAUGAAGGAAAAAAAAUUAACUGGCAAUAAUUAAAGUGGAACAAUAUAAUUAAUUCUAUUUUUUACAGUUCGUACAAAGAUAAAUUGAUGUUAAUAAAAAUAAUAAUGCUGCGAAAUCGUCAAAUAAAUUCAGUGAAAACGCACGUGAGAUGAAAUGAUGAAUUUUUAGAUGAAAUUUUAGAGUUUGUUGUACCAUAAGAUAAAUAAAUUUUUUCAUCACUGAUGAAUAAUAAUCGUGCUGCUUCGAUGUUAAAUUAAACAAUUUUUCAAAGAAUCAAAAGUGAAAACUAUAUAUAUCAAUGAGAACGAGUGGCCUAUGAGGAUAUCUCUGACGUUUAUUUUAUUCAUCCCUGUACCGAAAAACCACCCAAUUGCAAAUGAAUUAAUGCAAUUGAAGCAAUGAAGAGAGAAAUAAAAUGAAAAAGUGUGAAAUUACCCAUCAAAUUGGAGUGAAUCAAUUUGAGGUAUUGAACAUCACACGACUUCAAUAAAAAAAAGAAUGAUAAAGUUGUGGGACAUAACUAUCUGUAAAUUGUAUAUAAUAGAGAAUUAAUAAAUUUUUAUCGUAUUUAAAAA